UCUAUGGCAUCUGUGGCAGUUAAAAAAGGGUGGUGCAUGGAGUAACUGGAGGCAGAUCAAUAGCUCUGUAUUCUCAUCAAGCCAGCCACGGAUAGUGAAGGAUGAUAAACACUGGUGGAUGGCAUUUGUAUUGAAUAUAAACAAACAGGUGGCUAUUGUACAGCAAGAAAAGUCUAUCCAUACAUGGGCCUCUAGAGUUGCCUAUGGAGGAAAUCUGACCGUGUCAUGGUCUGUACCAAUAGAUGAAGCUACUAACAGUGACUGGAUUGGCAUUUAUCCUCAGGGAACUCAGAAUGACAAAUAUCUGGAUUUCAGAUAUGUUCAGGGAUCUCAGAAUCCGAAGAGAAAUCCUGUACCUAAUGGGAGUGUCACUAUGAAUUCAUAUCUACCAAAUGGUACAUAUGAUAUCAGAUAUCUUGUUAAUAGGAAAUUUCUGAAUGUUUUGGAUAUACAGGUUGAAUAUUACAAUGGUUCAAGUGAAGCUGAGUGGAGACAGCUAUAUAAGGGAUUAGCUGUUGGAUUAGGAACUAAAAAUACCAACCUAGUGGAGUGUGUGGAAGAUGGUGAUCUUACUAUACAGACAUUUAAAGAAUCAUUUAUUGCAUUUGAGAACCGUGAGGUGAGUGCUGUGUUGGGGAAUAAAAAUAU